AUGGUGGAAAGGAUGUCCAUGAACAAAUGUGUUAUCUUUGUUGCUUUAGUAGCCUGCCAUGCCAUUCUUUCGGCUGAAGGAAGGCAGCUGAAGUACAAGGAGAAAGAAGAAACAGCAGAGCCCGGCAGCAAAAGCAUUAAUUUGCAACAGAAUGCUGCAGGGAUCAAAGAAGAUUUUAAGUCAGCAAAACCAAGGGCUGACAUUCCUAGAGCUGCAAACACUGUGAGUGUGGCAGGGAAAAACGAAAUAUUCCCACCUUCGAGUUUUGGUGAUUCCGCAACAGUGUACGAAGAUGAUUUUCGACCAACCACACCAGGUAACAGUCCUGGGGUUGGCCACAAACAUGCUAAAGAAGAAGAAGACUCCAAAGAGAAAGAUGAUGAUAGCUAUGAUCAGAGCCUUGGCACCGGCCAUCUUCCUUCUAACAGAAGUGCUGAACCAAAAGCAUAA